UCUGCGCCUCUUGUAUUGACAACUGCCACCGUGGUGUCCAGUUUUAGGAACUUUCUGGCUCGUUCAAGGGCUUGUUUUUCAUACAAGAAAGCGCACAGGCGCUGCACAGAGCGGUGCUGCAGCAGCCAUGUAGCCCCAACUGAAGAAUGUCCUGUCAGCAGCCCCAAACACAUGGGUCAGACGACCACUGGGCCCAGCAGGAGAACGAACUGGAGGCGCUCUCGUCGAUAUUCGGGGAUGACUUCCAGGAUCUGCGCAGCAAGGACCCGUGGAAGGUUAAAAGACAUCCUGAGGUGUAUCUAUGUCUGCGGCCCAAUGGGCUGAACCAGGGCCAAGGGUGCUACGUGACCGUGGACUUGCAGGUGAAAUGUCCACCCACGUACCCAGACGUACCUCCAGUGCUGGAGCUUAAGAACGCCAAAGGCCUCUCAAAUGAAAACCUCCUGACUCUUCAGAGUGAACUGAAUAAGCUGGCGGAAGUACGAUGUGGCGAGGUCAUGAUUUACGAGCUGGCCGACCACAUCCAGGGCUUCCUCAGCGAACACAACAAACCUCCGCCGCGCUCCUUCCACGAGGAGAUGCUGAAGAACCAACAGAGGCAGCAGGAGAAGCGAGACCUGGAGGAGCAGCGAAGGAUCGACCAGCGAAGGAAACAGGAAGAGGAGAUGGAGAAACAAAUCAUGGCUGAAAUCCAACGAAGAGAGGAGGAAAAACGAGAAGAGAAGCGGAGAAAGGAAAUUGCUAAACAGGAGAGACUUGAAAGUAUAGAGCAGCCAGUUGUGAACUGCAUUGUCGCAAAGAGUCCUCCUACUCCUGGCAACUCGAUUCUGGACCAGCCAGAGGCGAAGAGGGGCAUCAGCAGCCGACGCCGUACUACCUCUAGCACCCGUCACAGACGUGACACAUUGAAUGAAGACAACCAGCGUGCACAGGAGCUUCUGCACUUCCACAGCAGCACUUUUGGAGAGCUUGUGGUCCACAGGGGGAAGAGUUUAGGGACCAGUGAAAGACUGGGACGCCAUGUUUAUUAUGGAUUUGAGUCCAACACUGGCGACUUUGCCGUGGUGUACGAGUGGUCGCUGUGUUGGAACAAGAGGAUGAGCAAGUUCUUCACCAGCCAGGAGAAAGCUAAACUGGACAACUGUCGGAAGCAGAUCCACGCAGCUGAAAACGAGCUGAACUCCCUGCUGAAACUGGAGCACCCGAACCUGGUCCAGUACAUGGCUCUGCUGACCACUGAACGAGAGGACUGCAUGACGGUCCACCUGCUGUUGGAGCACGUCGCUGGGACCAACUUGAACCAAAGUCUCCUCAGCCAGAGUCCCGUUCCCCUCGACAAGCUCUGCCUCUACGCCUCCCAGCUGCUGGCCGCCCUCGACUACCUGCACUCCAACUCUGUCGUCCACAAACAGCUGGGGGCCUCUAGCGUGCUGCUGGACGUGAAUGGUAACGCACGGUUGACUGAUUAUAGUUUAUCCAAGCGGUUCUACGACAUCUGCAAGGAGGACAUCUUUGAGCACCCGCACGUGCGCUUCUCUGAGGGAACAGUCAUGCCUGUGAAAACGGGUAAAAAGGGGGACGUGUGGAACUUGGGGCUGAUGCUGCUGGCGCUGAGUCAGGGCAAAGAGGUGAAGGACUAUCCAGUGGUGGUGCCUUCCAACCUGCCGACGGACUUCCAGGACUUCCUCCACCAGUGUCUCUGUCUCGAUGAUGCCAAACGCUGGACGCCUCAGCAGCUUCUGGAACAUUCCUUUCUCAAGCCUCAGUCCCCUAAGAACCUCCUGCAAUCCCGGGACACCAGCCCAGAUGAUAUCGCAGUGGACUUUGCGUCGUCCGUCAUCCCUCGCAGUCAAAUCCUCAACGCUCCUUUCAUCUCCGGGGUUCACCGGCAAUUUUCCCGUUAUUUCAAUGAGUUUGAGGAGCUUCAUCUUUUAGGGAAAGGAGCUUUCGGUGCUGUUAUUAAGGUCCAGAACAAACUUGACGGUUGCUAUUACGCUGUGAAACGCAUCCAAGUGAACCCAGCCAGUAAGCAUUUCCGGCGCAUCAAGGGUGAAGUCACGCUGCUGUCUCGCCUGAACCAUGAGAACAUUGUGCGCUACUACAACGCUUGGAUCGAACGGAGUGAGAUUCCAUCCACGGGGGCGCUGAGCGUCACAGACAGCUCUGAGCCGCCGAGCACCGCGGACAAACCCCCACCUGUCAGAAACCUUCUGCCACGACUCAACGAACUGGGAAUCCCCGACAACGUGGAGGACGCCGCUCCGCCUCCCACCCUGUCCAGCUCAGUGGAGUGGUCCACCUCCAUCGAAAGGUCCACCAGCGCAAAAUGCGCUGCUAAUGAAUCGAGUGAUGAAGAUGAGGAGGACGACGAUGAUGAUGAUGAUGUUUUCGGGGCCUCUUUUAUGCCUUCAGAUAGUGACUCACUCAGCGGCAUCGUAUUUGAAAAAGACGAAAGCAACGAGAUGUCUCAGGUGGAGUCAAACAAAAAGCCUGUUACAGAGACGCCGGAGAGCGCAGACUCGGACCAGUCUCCCUACAUAGUUCAUUACCUGUACAUACAAAUGGAAUACUGUGAAAAGAGCACUUUAAGAGACACAAUAGACAAAGGUCUUUAUCAGGACCAGAAUCGUUUAUGGCGGCUAUUCAGGGAAAUCCUGGACGGCCUUGCCUACAUCCAUGAGCAGGGGAUGAUUCACAGGGACUUGAAACCUGUCAACAUCUUUCUUGACUCGCAAGACCAUGUGAAGAUUGGAGAUUUUGGUUUGGCGACAGGCCACCCUGCUAAUGUGGCUGCUGGUAAACUAGAAAUAGAGGAGACAGGCUCUGGAUUGAUACCCAAACUGGAUCCAACUGGUAACAUGACAGGGAUGGUUGGCACUGCGCUGUACGUCAGCCCAGAGGUUCAAGGGAACACAAAAGCUACAUACAAUCAGAAAGUGGAUUUGUUCAGCCUUGGCAUCAUCCUGUUCGAGAUGUCCUACAGGCCGAUGACGACGGGGUCAGAGCGUAUAACGGUCUUAAGUCAGCUACGAACGGAGCUCAUCUGUUUCCCUGAAGACUACGCCACGUACGAGCGAGGGACACAGAAGAAGGUGAUCGAGUGGCUGUUGAAGCACGACCCGGUGAUGCGGCCCACCGCUCAGGAGCUGCUGAAGAGCGAACUGCUGCCGCUGCCGCAGAUGGAGGAGUCAGAGCUGCAUGAGGUGCUGCAGCACACCAUGGCCAACAUCAUCGGCAAAGCUUACCGCACCAUGGUGGGCCAGCUGUUUGCACAGAACACGUCGCCUGUCAUGGACUUCACCUACGACAUCGAUCUCCACAAGGGCACCUUCAGUUUCAACAGUGCCAAAUUGCAGCAGUAUGUGCAUGAGACAAUCACCAGGAUCUUCAAGAAGCACAGUGCGGUGCGGCUGCAGACGCCGCUGCUGCUCCCCAGGAACAGGAAGCUGUACGAGGGCUGUGAGCCGGCCUGCUUCAUGGACCACAGUGGCAUGUUGGUGACUUUGCCUUAUGACCUUCGUAUGGCGUUUGCAAGAUUUGUGGCCCGAAAUAACGUAACGCAGCUGAAGAGGUACAGCAUAGAGCGAGUGUUCCGGCCCAGAAAGCUGGACCGGGCUCACCCGCGGGAGCUCCUGGAGUGUGCGUUUGACAUCAUCACGCCCGUCACCAACAGCCUGCUCCCAGAUGCCGAGACCAUUUACACAGUCUCCGAAAUUGUCCAGGAAUUCCCAGCGCUGCAGGAGCGAAACUAUACCAUUUACCUGAACCACACCAGCUUGUUGAAGGCCAUUCUGUUGCACAGCGGAGUCCCUGAAGACAAACUGAACCAGGCCUCCAACAUAUUGUGUGACGCCAUGAGUGAGAAGCUGACCAAACGUGAAGUGGAAGCAAAGUUCUGCAACUGUUCCCUGUCGACCAACAGCCUGCAGACCUUGUUCAAGUACAUAGAGCAGAAGGGGACGCUGCAGGAGCUGGCGCCACUUCUCACAUCGCUCACCAAACAGAAGACAGCCGUCACCCAGCUGGCCAAGCAGGGCCUCAAGGACCUGGAGGAGCUCAUGGUGUUGCUGCCACAACUGGGGCUCAAGAUGCAGGUCGUGGUGAACCUGGGUUUGGUCUACAAAGUGCUGCAUCACUCUGGAGUCAUUUUCCAGUUUGUGGCCUUCAUCAAGAAGCGCAAGCGGACGGUACCAGACAUAGUGGCUGCAGGAGGCCGAUAUGAUCAUUUGAUCCUGGAAUUCCGAGGCCCAGCUUCCUCAGUCCCGCUUCCUUCUGCCGUCGGCGCCAGUGUAGCUCUUGACAAAGUCUGCGCCGCUGUUGCCAGCAUGGAGGAACCGCCGUCCGUGAGCUCCUGCGACGCGCUGGUGGUCCCUGUGGGUCAUUCAUCACUGUCCAAGGCCAUCAACGUGGUCCAGAAGCUGUGGAGCGCCGGCGUGCCAGCAGACAUUACAUACGAUGUAUCGCAGUCCCAGGACACAUUGUUGGAUCACUGCCGGCUGGCUGGCAUCACCUGCAUGGUGCUGGUCUCGGACAAGGAGGGCAGCUAUGUGAAGGUCAGGUCCUUUGAGAAAGACCGCCAGUCAGAGAAGAGGAUUCCUGAGGUGGACCUGGUGGACCACAUCAUCCAGAAAUGCCGCACCAAAUUCUUCGAGGAGAGGAACAUCAGGGAAAUACCCGACGGCUUGUCUCUUCAGAACCCCAAAGGAUCGCUGCUCAACACCUCAGGCUCAUCGGAGCAGCACGGUAGCAGCGGCACUUUCAACGUCAACGUCAACGUCAUCAGCGUGGAGAAGGUUUCUGCCAGUGUCAGACGGAGAUAUGAGACUCAGAUCCAGAGCAAGUUACAGAAUCUGGGCAGCAACUUGCAGAACAAGAGCAAUGACAUUGAAGUUCUGGCGGUGGACCUGCUGAAGGAAACCUUGAUCAACUUCCUGUCCCUGGAGUUUGACAGCGAUGAGCAGUUCAACAGCAGCGUGAAGACUCUGCUGUCUCGACUGCCAAAGCAGAGGUACCUCAAGUCCAUCUGUGACGCCAUCCAUGAUUUGAAAAUCACCAAAAGGGUGGCUGUGGUGGUCUUGUACAGCAUCAAGGACGACUACUACAAGACCCUCCUCUGAGGGAAUCAUGCGCAGGACCUGGUGUUUUAUUUGACAAGCAGAAAGACAAAUCAGGUCAAUUUUGGAAACGCUGAGCCCCAAAGACAUUUCAAUGGUACCUUGUUGCUGUGACUCUGCUGGACUCCACUGCCUUAACAGAACUGAUGUGAAGUUGUUUUUUUUUACGUUUGUACAUUGGGACUGAAAGUAGAAAUAAAUCACUUUUCCCCAAAACCGUCUUCUUGUGAUGUUGCCGAACACGUUGCUCCUGCUUUGGUGGGAACCUGACCCUGAUGUUUGUUUUAUGGAUCCUUCCGGAGAAGAGUCCCCCUUGAAGUUUAUGAGCCGGCUCUGACGGACAAGUCGGAACAACACGGCGGCCUGAACGGAACUAAUCCAGGUUUUCCAGCUCUCGUCUUUAACUCCGUGAUACCUUUUUGAAUAUUGGGCCGCAGCGGAGAUGAGAGGGUUGCGACUCUUCCCCUGCUUCUGUGGAAGUCCUGGAGCUCAUUCCUCAGUCUUCCUGGCUCAAGGCGAAGCUCUCUGUGGAGAUUUAAUGUUCUCUCCAGUGCUUGACUAAGCUUCCUUCGGGCACUUUAGUCCCCCAGACCCAAAACAUCCCUCAGGUUUAUGGUGGCUCUAAAAGGUCUGCAAGUGUGAGAGCUUGUCCGUCUUAAACAACUCCUGCCCUUAGGAUUUAACCCUUUCAAUACCAGUUGGAUUAUAAAGAACCGGCAUUGAACGGGUUAAAACUAUUGAACUGUAUUUUAAUAUUAAAACUUUGCUGGGGCACCGAAUGUUCUAGGUUACGUCGUUGCUGCCCCAAACAUCUCGGGCCCUGUUGUCGCUCGCGAGAGCACGUUCGUCUCGAUCGUGCCCUAAAUGUUUGCUUUCACGACUUCCACACUUUGUUUCAGACGUUUAUUUCCAAAAAGGUGUAAAUGUUUCGGCCGCUCAUCUACAACAUAUUUACACGCAUCACAAUAAAUAAGGCUGUCGUGAAUAUCGCUGAAAUGGUCUACAGACAUACAGCAGCUUUGGCUAACAACUUCCAAAAGAAACUUUAAACUAUCGUAUUAAUAAAUAAAUCUAUGUGAAAAAAUAAAUAAGUUCAACUAAUUUAAACUACGGUUUUAUUCUUACACAAAAAAAAAAAUUCACUCCCACCGACACAAAUCUUCUAAACUUACUACAACACUUCAGUUGGGAUCUUUUCUCGGGAGGUUUUGGCACUGGAUUUAAGGUCCAUUUAAAAAAAUGUCCUUGUGAUGAUGGGAUGUGACGUCGGUUCGCUCGAGUGGUUACGUGUCUUCUAAUCUGUCCAGAAGAUUCCCGAAACCUGAGGCACUGUAGUGUAAGUGAGUCAGAUUACUGGCGUAACGGCAACCUUGACAAAUCGGUGGGAUUUUUGCCGCUUUAUGAGGCGACCGGAAGUGAAUAUAUUUGAACAACAAAUCAAUUUAUCAUUGCUUUGUCAUCUGUCAGAGACUCAAUCUAGAUAUAGAGGCCAUCGCAAUUGCAAACACUUAUCUUCAUGCAAUGUAUUUUUAGUUUUUGAAGAAGCUGCAGUGGACCAGUUGGAGGGUUUCCGAGCUUCUAGCCGAUGUGGCUUUUGUAUUCUAGCAAGAAUAAGUAACAAAAAGAUGAAUGUGUGAAUCAAGUUUUGGGUGGUUUCAUUUCCUUCUGUACCGUGUUAUCACACAAUUGUUUUUCAUUUGAGUAGUAACUCGGGGCACCAACUUGUAAAUGGCGUGGUGCAGAAGUAUUUUCAGUUUAAAUAAUUUUUUUAAAAAGGAAUUAUUUAAUCCCCACUAGACGGCGCUCUCUGUGUCGAAAUCAUGCAUAGCUUCCGACUAUUUCACAUAAAGCUGGUGGUCAUAAUGUUUUGGAUGAUACACCAGUAGACCACACGGACACACACUUGAGUUUGGGAGGCGUCCCACAGUCUUUUGUGUGGAUAUGAAUCGAUUCAACUCCGAGUUUGAAGUCGGUUUCCUGCUGACAGGAAUGUGACGUUGGUCCUGAAGAGUCUAAAAAAAAAACUGAAGUGUAAAGACAAAAACUAAGUCACACAGGAGUCUAUAAAGCUGCGUAUGAUUCGACGGCUGAUCUGGAGUCAGCUGGAGUGUCAGUCUAUUUGGUCCCAGCUGAUGAAGAUGAGGAUGAGGAUGACAGCACUUCCACAGGAGCAGCAUCCUGCCAAAAAUCCGUUCCACUGCCUCUCUGUUCCGGUCCAAAAGAGGUGGUGCGACCUGCUGGUCAAGCAGAAACUCGUCCAUCCCAGCACAAAAACGUCCUCACGCACUUUGGAGUAUCAAAAAGCCCUUAGCGCGGCGUCCACUCGUUGCACAGCUUGGCUCGGGGGAUGGUCAUCUUGUCCAUGUCCGGAGAGAAGUGGAUGAUCCCGCAGUCGUUCUUCACAUUCUGGAACUUGUUCUCCUUGGAGGGCUCCAUGUAGACCACCGAGUUCUUGUUGACGUGCUUCUUUAGAAUCACCGUCUGACAAGAGAAGUCCUUCGGUUCACUCUACAGAGCAUUUGUCACGGGAUAAAACCGGAGUCUCACCUUCUUGGGGGCGCUGUAGCAGGACAUCUGCACCCACUUCUUCUUCUUGUUGACAAGCAGCGCCACGACGAGGAAGAUGAUGAUGGCCAUGAGGAGGCCGGCCAGGAUCCAGG